AAUGAUGGAAUUGGCAAUAUGAAAACAGAGCAGGGGGUGGUUCCAAAUUGAAGACAAAGAAUUCUUAACCCAGUAAAAAAUUCUUAAUGAGGUUCAGUAGUAGACGUGUGUUCUUCCUUUCUCUGGAAGAACACAUUUAUCACUCAUGUUGACAGAGGGGGAUGUACUGCAUUGCUCAGUAGACAUCCAACUUUCUGUUGAUGUGAAAUAACAUUAACUCUACUGUUGUGGCUUUGUUUUGUCCAUACCGUUCCUAGUGAGUGAGAAAAUCCAAAGGAGCUGCUCUUCAAGGGGCUGCUGGUGGCUUGAAAUGACAGUUCCUUAAGGAGAAACUUUGCUUUGGAAUGGCUCAAUUAGAUGGCCUCCCAACAGAGCCAGUUCUUCCUACUCUUUUAGGAAGGAUUUUGGACAGAGGAAGAGCCUUGGCAAGUCAAAUGGAGCAACUUAUCCAUCUGAAUUCCUAAUCUGUUUCCACAUUCUACAGAUUUGAUAAUGUUUUUAUCCACUGGCUUCACAGUAUUAUUUACAAUAUUUCCAAUGAAAGAUGUAUUUUUCUUAAGGUUGCAAAAAUGUUCCUCCUACGGUGGUACGCUCCCCUCAUUUUAUUUUCUGGAGUUGUAGAUGAGUAACGGGUAGUUUGUAGAACAAUAGUAUAACUUAUAUGACUUAUGUUGCAGUGAAGCAUCAGUGGAACAUUAUACUCUGUAAUUGGGUUGGCCCAUAUAUAUAUAUAUAUAUAUAUAUAUACACACACACACAUACCCCAUGGGGAAGGGGUUUUCAGAGCACAGUAGUCUUCUUGAAGACUGUGUCAUUUGACUCAUGCUUUGCUAUCAAGAGGUAGGAGUUAGGGAUUGGAGUGAUGUCAUGGCAGCAUUGUGCAUUGACAGGUCACCUGGUAUGAAUAGCUGGCUUUUCAGCGUGCUCUUGUCAUGUCACUGCAAGCUCACACCCAACAUAAUGAAAAACUAUUUGGUUAGAAAUUCUACUGUGUUAAAGUGACGUAGUGUCCCAGAUUUAUGAGAACACACAAUCCAACUACAGCUCAAUUUUUACCUCAAAGCAUGACACAAAACCAGUCAGCCCUUACAUGGAUCUUAAGGACAGUAUUGGAGAAACAGGCUGACAACCGAAAGCAGCCAUGAGUCCACAUACUGUCCUAUGUUACGGGAAGAGAAGAUAAAGAUACCACACACACCUUUGUAGAUAUGGCCAUAUCUUUGAGCGGUGCUUCUCAACCUGUAGGUCCCCAGGUGUUUUGGCCUACAACUCCCAGAAAUCCCAGCCAGUUUACCAGCUGUUAGGAUUUCUGGGAAUUGGAGGCCAAAACAUCUGGGGACCCACAGGUUGAGAAGCACUGUCUUUGAGGAUAGGUCUGUGCCCUCCAGAUGCUGGGCUCCAGUUCCCAUAAGCCUCAGUUAGUUAAUGGAGGUCAGUGGGACUCGUGAUUCAUAAAAAUUGAGAGGGUUGUAGGUUUUGUAAUCCUGACUUAAAGAGGGCGAUUAAAAAUAACUUAUGCUAGUUUGGGCAGGGCUAAAGAGAAUACCUACAGCUUACUGGAAAAAGCCAGUGAAAAGCUAGUUGAACUAAAAUAUACUCUAAAGUUACAAUUAAAAAUAAGACUUGAAGGCACAUGCACACCAAGGAAGCCUGAAUCAUAUCUUCAUGUCCCCUUCCCAUAUGCAAUAAUUUCAUAUCUUCCUGAUCCUUCCCAUAUGACAUAGUUACCAAAAAUGCUUAGUUCAAUUAUACCAAAGACAAGACAUGCAAAUUAUGGGAAUUGCUUCUUUAUGGUGCAAGCUUUUAAAAAGUGAAUAUGCUUUUUUUAAAAUUACAAUGUGCACUUUUAAAGACCCAUGUGUUUUCUUGUCAAUCACAUUAGAAGAGUAAAAGUGGGAAUACAAUUGAUUUGCAGAGAUAAAUUCUCAUUUUUCAUUUGUGGCUCUGCUGAGGCUGCCAUUAUACAUAGUUUGCUUGGAAGCAGUGUUCCAUAAUCCAUCCAUGUUUGCCACCACCCAGAUCAUUACAAUUUUUAUAAUUAGUGCUAAUGAGUCGCAUGCAAAAGCUGGAUCAUUCACAAGUUUAUUGCUUUUGGUACAACCUUCAUCCAAAUGGAAAGUUUGACCAUUUAUAUGGCAUUGGAGCACGAUGUAUUAGCUCAGGGCAUUUCACAGGCUCGCUGUACUAGUAGGCAAUUUGUGAUGGGGUUUUUGUCUAUUUUGGCAUUUAUCAGUCACCAUUUCUUACCACACAGUCCUUCAAGCAGGUUUAGAAGUAAACUAGCUUAAUUGGAAUGUGGCUGCCAAACCAUACAUGCACAUGCAGCAAAGAACCUAUUUCCCAAGCAUGUGCCCAAGGGAGAAAUAAGGCUUAUUUGCUUUGCCCUGGCAAAAGAUAUUACUGCAGUGCAAGGUAGAAAAAGAAAUAUGGUGUUGUCAGAAUCUGGGGCGACUGAAGGUGUUAGCUGGAGACAGUUACUAGGCAACGUCCGCACCAUGGGACAUGAGAAAGCAAAGAACUCGCUGUUCUCUCUGCAGCGGAGGUAUUUGUACUGGAGCGAGAAUGAAUGUGUCAUAGUGGAUAUAUGGCUGGGUGUCAGAAAAGGCCUAUUGGAUUAAAAAUGGCUGUGAAUUUUCGAAGAAUAAGAGAUGAUUUGUCCACUGCCUCAAAUAGAGUCUCAGUAAGAUUGGUUGAGGAUAAAAGUAAAAGCUUUUAUGCCUGCUACGCAGCCAUGGAGCUCAGCAAGUGACAUGAGACAUACUACCUGAUAAACACAAUCAGAUGAUCGUUUGGAUACCCACUAAUCAAUCCCACUAGUUAUUCCUUUAUGAUGGAAAAUAGAGCUGUGUGUGCCACAUUCCCUGAAACUGAUCAGGUGUGGUUGAGGAUGUCAUCCAAAAUUCAACUGGCAUGCUAACAAACUCCUGAAUUUAGAAUGGGGGAAGAUUUGCCAUCUUGUUUUUCCAUCACAGGCAGCAAAAUGUCUUGCUAUAGCCCUGCUUGUGGAAAAGGACUCUUGUGAAGAUAAAACCUAACAGAAGCCACUGUGAGUGUGAUCGGCAGCAGGCCAAAUAGCUGUAGUUAUAUGAUUUUUAAUUCUUCAUUUGAUGGUUUUGUGGGAGUGAAAGUGGAGGCACCCUUUGAGCAGGGACAAAAAUUGAUGUGGGUUGCAUCUCUGUUACUUAAAUCACAAAAUGCUAGUGAGUGGGAUGUUAUUUAUAUUGUAUAGUAUACUACUUUGAAAAAGAAUAAAUUCGUUCUGUUGUGAUUGGAGGCUUUCCUACACAUUCAGUUGAGCAUGAUCCUAGACAUCUGUCUCAUGAAAACAAAAGAUGAGAUAACAAAGAUCGCUAUGCUUGCAUUAUAUUUGGUGAAGCACGAUUAUUAAAUGUUUACGGCCCCAAAUUUAGGUUCUCCAUUUCAACAUUUUCAUAUGACUGAGAUCCAUUCAAAAUAGACAUCAUGGCAUUUCUCUCAACGAAUCUGUCUUCUCUUCCCUCUAUAUGUAGGUGGACCAUUGAUGAUGUAUAUGUGUAGGGAGAGAAUAAUGUGUUUGGCAUGAUGAGGGAUAUAGUAAGGUUCCACAAAAGUCUGAUAUGUGAGAAUAUAUUUGAUGAGACUUGUGGCAUUGGCCAAUAUGCUGCUAUCAAUUUGGAGUUUGAUCUCUUCUUGUUAACCUUGUCACCACCUACUUUUCCUAUGUCAACAAUGUUAAAUUCAUCUGCAACCUCCUUUUCUGCCUCUUUUCUGCUGAGGACAUCUACAUGAAGGGAACCCUUGAUCACAAAUCAAUCUUAUUCCACCCUCCUGUGCUGAUAACGAUGACUGAAACAUAACUGAGGAAAUUUGUGGGGAUUUAUCAAUAUAUUUUUCCUGAAAAGAACUCGAACACCUGCUUCAAACUUCAGAUCCUUUAUUUUUCCUAGAAUUUGGCCAUCAGAUUUUACCUUAGUGACUUCUAGGAUUCAAAGAUGAUGCUACGCCACCUGCCUUCUCUAUUCCAAAGGAAAUAUAAAGCCGUUUUCUGUGUUUGCCUCAUUUUGGUUGUCCUGAUACAUAUGGUAAUCGAUUUGGCGCUCUCCACCGAUCAUAAUUCCUGUGGAUGUACGCCAAAGGUCAUAGAUUCCCUUCCUGCACUUAAUUCCAUGCUAUCAGUCCAAAAUAAGCUGAACCUGAGGAUUCUCCAAGACUUCAGUGGAAGUAACAGCUCUUUGGAAAAAGGAUUUCGCUUGAAACAAGGUUUACUACAAACAGGUGGCAGGAAUACCACCCCUCUCUACACUCGCAGCCACAAUGAGCAAGAAGUCAAUGAAAAACCGACACGGACAGGCCAAUCCAAACUGGCUGCCCUUUUCGAACAUCCUCUCUAUAAUGUUCCAACCCGAAAGAUCACAAAGAAAGACAAGCUGUUUGCUACCAAGCCCAAGAUGAAGAUCUUCAUGAAAAGCAGUGAAAGUGAUGAACGGAUCAGCAGUGGGAAGACAGAUGCAAGUCUUCCAAAACACGAUCCCAACCCUCCGUGGCUCCGGUUUUACGCUGGCAUCAAUCGCUAUGAGCUAUAUGCCCGCCAUGACCCCACUCGUCAGGCCUUGAUGGUGGAUUUGGCCACACAAAAAAUUAUCCACUCAGUCCAGAAGCCUGGUGGGACCCAAUUAAAGCUCAUCAUGACCUUCCCCAAUCACGGGCAAGCCCUCUUCAAACCCAUGAAGCAGACCCGAGAUCAGGAGACACCAGCAGACUUCUUUUACUUCUCAGAUUUUGAGCGACACAAUGCCGAAAUAUCUGCCUUUCACCUGGACAGGAUCCUAGAUUUCCGAAGAAUUCCCCCAGUUUCUGGCCGUUUGGUGAAUAUAACCAAGGAAAUUCGUGACAUCACAACUGACAAGAAACUGUUCAAAACUUUUUACAUCUCUCCAGCUGGUAAUGUCUGCUUCUUUGGUGAAUGUUCCUACUAUUGUUCCACGGAGCAUGCUUUGUGUGGAAAGCCUGACCAGCUGGAGGGCUCUAUGGCAGCCCUUCUGCCUGACAAAGAAGUGGCUGACCGGCGCUCAUGGAGAAGUCCCUGGAGGAGGUCUUACUCUAAGAACAAAAAAGCUGAGUGGGAGCUGGAUGAAAAUUACUGCACUGGAGUACGAGAGACGCCACCCUACGACAAAACGUCUCGUCUUCUCAACCUCAUUGACAUGACUGUGCUAGACUUCCUUAUGGGAAACAUGGAUCGCCACCAUUAUGAGACCUUUCAAAAGUUUGGAAACAAUACCUUUUUUCUCCAUCUGGACAACGGUCGAGGGUUUGGAAGACACUCUCAUGAUGAAAUGUCCAUCCUGACUCCUCUCCGGCAGUGCUGCAUUAUUAAAAAAUCGACAUUCCUGCGACUGCAACUGCUUGCUACGGAGCCGUAUCGACUGAGCGACGUUAUGCGGGAAUCGUUAGCCCUGGAUCCCUUGUCUCCAGUUUUGUCAGAACCUCACUUGGAGGCACUGGACCGGCGUCUCCAGAAAGUACUAGCCAUGGUGUGGGGCUGUAUGGAAAAUGGAAGGCAUGAAGAAACAGUAGUGAUCAAUGAUCUAAAAGACCUCCAAGUGCCAGAAAUCGGGAGCUGAAGCAGAAUAUAUCCCUUGAAGCCUCAGACUUCAACAUCCCCUCCAUUACUCAAGACACUGUAUGACUGUCUUGAGCUGUAUGAAUCUGUGGGUUCGGGAGCCACCCUAUAAUAAGCAAGCUUAUAAUAAUUUGGGACGGGUAGGAGGGUUCUGCUUUGUGUACAGAAUCAGUGACGGAAAUAUCAUAAAAGUAACAAAUGGAAAUACAGAAGCAAAUCUUGGAGCAAAUGUAUCAUUUAAGCUCCUGGGUUGCCCAGAGGCUUUCACUGGAGUAAGUCUUGGGUGUGUGAUGAGCAAGAUUUAGUCAUGAAUGGAAGGCUAGCAUAGUGUCUAGAGGGUUAACCCAGCCAAUGCAUUUGGCUAUUUGAAAAUAUCCCUUGUUGACGUCCAAAGGACCUCACAUGCCCUUCCCUCUAUCAAGAGUUUACUCAGUCAAGACUCUUCUGUAUUCAUUCCUCUUACUAUUUAUUUUGUAGUGUGUUAGUCCCUUAGGUAUAGGACUAUGAUUUCUGCCCAUUUUAGGAAGCUGCCUUCUACCAGGAAACUGAAUUUGUAUCCAUCUUGCUCAGUAUUGGCUACUUCAAGUAAUAGCAGCUCUCUGAUAUAAACCUGCAAACUUUUGUUUCCCUGCAAUACCAUAAAGUGUACCAUCCACAUUCAGGGUACCUACUCUACAACUGAGCCUCUCAUCUGUCACUUCCCUCCAUAGUUUGGCAUUUUGUUUCCAAUAGUAAUUGGCCAGAGAUAUAUAAGAUACAGCCCAGGACAAGGGAACAUGUUCCUGCCCCUCCUCAAUUGUUGAACCUUAUUGCCAUCAUUCCCUCCAAAUGUCUAGUGACUUGGAUUGAUGGGAAUAAUACCGUGUUUCCCCGAAAAUAAGACAGUGUCUUAUAUUAUUUUUUGCUCCCAAAGAUGUGCUAGGUCUUAUUUUUAGAGGAUGUCUUAUUUUUUCCAUGAAGAAGAAUUCACAAAAAAAUGAACAUUUAUUAUAUACUGUACAGUAGUUGUCAUCACAAGCCAACAUAACCAAACCAGACAAACUAUGACUGCUGUCAAGAAUUUCUUGUUACUACUGUACAAAUAUAAAUAAUAUAACAUUUUAAUGUAUUAUUACCAUUAUUUCCAUGUACAACUGGUAUGUACAUUUACCGAUCCUGCAAGUUCUGGUGCUUUGUUUGGCGGGCGCCGGACAUGCUUCCAAACAAAAACUUUGCUAGGUCUUACUUUCGGGGGAGGCCUUAUAUUUAGUAAUUCAGCAAAACCUCUGCUAGGUCUUAUUUUUUGGGGAUGUCUUAUUUUCGGGGAAACAGGGUAGUUAUUAGCAUUAAGAAGGUUACAGUUUCCCCAUCUCUGAUGAAGAGCAUUAUAUGUGAAAAUUGCACACAUGGCAUUUCCAUUACCUGUAUGCAGAUGUGUACACUCAAUAGAAUAGCUGUGUAUUCUGUUACCACCUAAAAUGAACCUGUAUGAGGCUGCCCAUUAACAGAGUGAAAAGUUCCUUUUUAGGCUAUUAAAAUGCAUUAGCCAGCAUGACAAUCAAUCAUACAACUAGGUAAUUCUACUAGUUACAGUCCAUGAAAGUCAGCUUUUUGAGUUAUUUUCCCAUUAAUUAAUAUACGUGCCUUCUAGUGUAGACAAAUAGCUCUCAAUGUGGAGUAUAACUGCAUCAAUGCCAGUACAGGAAACCACGUGAGGACCCUCAUGGACAACACUUUUACUUUUAUGGGAGAAAGGUGAACUAUAACGUUUUUAAAGGAAUAAAUUGAGAAAGAUUUUGAUAAAGCCUGGACUAGUGGAGUAAGUAACCAAGACUGUAUUGUUUACUACAUAUGUCAGAGAGCUGGUGUUAUGAUUUUGAAUACUGAUCCCUGCCAAUUUAUCUGCUGUUUCUUUCAUUGUUUUCUCCAAAUAAAGCUCUCUAAUGAGUGAAAGUAGCCUUGGCAACAUUACGGGAAACAAUGAACCAGUCUGCUGUUGCAUAUUCAAUCUGUAAUCUGAAUUUUUCUCAAAUGAUUGCACUGUGUUUACUAAAUAUGCUUCAGGGUUUUUGCAGCCCUUCCAUUUCAACAGUUUCACAGAGCAGCAAGUUUGAUCUCUAGUCUGUAAAAGGGGGCUGAUUUUGCAGACAUAUAAAAUAAAUGCAGAAUUAGAUAUAACCAUAUAUUUGGUUUAUAUAUUAUAUGGUCCAAAAUUUAAGCAUUAGCCCAGGCCUGCCUUGGGUCUGGGGGCUCCUCUAAAACACAGAACAUGAAAGACAUAUAAACCUCCCUUGCUUAGUUUCCAAUGCACCUCACAACUUCUGAGGAUGCCUGCCAUAGAUGUGGGCGAAACAUCAAGAGAGAAUGCUUCUAGAACAUGGCCAUACAGCCCAGAAAACUCUCAGCAACCCUGUGAUUCUGGCCAUGAAAGCCUUUGACAACCUGACUAAACUCAGGAGCCAAGUUAAACAGAGGCUGGAUGGCCGUCAGUCAGGAAUGCUUUGAUUGUGUGUUUCUGCAUGGUAGUGGGUUGGACUGUAAGUUGUUUCUGGUUUUAACAGAACUUGCUGCAUUAUUACGCCCAACACCGCUGGAAAAAUUAUACUGUCUAGCCAGUAUUGCACCACCUGAUAUCCGCCGGGAAGUAGCAGCCAGCAAUGAAAGAACCAAGGCAUUGACAUCUCUGGCCCAUCCUCUGUUCAGAUAUCAGCUAGCAUAUCAAUGCCUUAAAUCAAGACACAGCUUCCUAAAGUCUACAGAUAGUCUCAGGAACACCUCAGCAAGUGAGAGUCCAAAAAUGGCAAGAUAAAACCCAGAACCUCCACCAAUGGCUGAGGCCAGAUGUGAAACUCCCUUCUGGGCACACUGAAAACUGGGCGACUUGGAAGGCACUGAACAGACUGAGCUUUGGCAUCAUAAGAUGCAGACCUAACCUUAAGAAAUGGGGCUAGAAGGUGGAGUUCACGACAUGUGAGUGUAGAGAAGAGCAAACCACAGACUACUUACUACAAUGCAGUCUGAGCCCUGCCACAUGCACAGUGGAGGACCUUCUUACAGCAACACCAGAAGCACUCAAAUUGGCCAGCUUCUGGUCAAAGAAAAUUUAGCAUGAUGCCAAGUUUUUAACUUUGUGGUUUUUUAAAUACAUUAUAACUGUAUUCUCAAUUUGCUUCUGACACAAUAUAUAUAAAUAAAUAAUGGGCUGGACUGAAUGACA